AUGCCUGCCAGUGGGACAAACUCCUACCAUCGCCCGGACCACAGCACACUCCAGCUUCCUUGUGGCCAUCAGAACUGCCAGCGGUAUUUCAAGACUGCUGCUGGAAGGACAAAACAUAGGCUCUCAGCCCAUCCGACAAUCCCACGUCCCAUCCCGUCUCACCGUUCAGUUUCUCCCGAGCUUCCGGACCCAGGAAACGACCAGCAUCGUGAAGAAGACAUCCCACGUGCUGAUGGUGUUCCUUUCGACAUUGAUCAUGAUCAGCCCGAUUUUGAAAUCCCCAGGAUGUCAUCUCCACUUCCGGAUGUCAAUGCAGAAUUUUUUGGACCGGGGAAUCACUUUUAUCGAAAUUACCAUAAGGAUCUUGAUGGUCGGCCUUGUGAUGAAAAUGGUGCAUUUCUUCCCCCAGGAACUCCACCAUCCCCACCUGUUGCACGUCCUGCCGAUGAUUGGACCCCAUUUCGUAAUCAAACGGAAUUCGAAACCGCUGAAUUCCUAUACACUCGAGAGCAGAUGUCCGGCCCUCAAAUUGACACCUUACUUGACCUGUGGGCCGCGACACUUGUGAAAUACAACGACCGUCCGCCGUUUGCCAACCACAAAGACCUAUACCAUACAAUUGAUAGCAGUCCACUUGGAGACGUGCCGUGGCAGAGUUUUUCCGUCAAAUAUUGCGGUGACAUACCAGACGUCGAUGUUCCGCCGUGGAUGAACGGCUCUUACGACGUGUGGUUUCGAGAUCCUCGUGAAGUCAUCCGCAAUAUGCUCGCAAACCCAAUGUAUGCCGACGAAGUGGAUUAUCAGCCUUACCGUGAGUACGCGUCAGCGACUGAUGAACGCCAGUGGAAAGACUUCAUGUCUGCUGACUGGGCAUGGGAUCAAGCAGAUGAAAUUUCCAAGGAUCCUGACACAGUUGGGGCAACCUUCGUUCCUGUCAUUCUUGGCAGCGACAAGACAACAGUAUCAGUCGGCACUGGCAACAACGCAUACUACCCGCUAUAUCUAUCCAUUGGAAAUGUUCGAAAUAACGUCCGUCGCGCACACCGAGAUGCAGUGGCUAUCAUAGGGUUUCUCGCUAUGCCAAAGUCUACUCGAGCACAUUCUGAGGAUCCAAGGUUCCGAAAGUUUCGCCGCCAACUCUUCCACUCUUCUCUGUCAAAAAUCCUUCAGACGCUGGUACCUGGAAUGACGAAACCCGAAGUAGCUCGUUUUGGAGAUGGUCACUUCCGUCGCGUUAUCUAUGGACUCGGACCCUAUAUCGCUGAUUAUGAAGAGCAAGUCCUGUUAGGAUGCAUCGUUAAACGUUGGUGCGCAAGGUGCCUCGCACCACGUCUUAACCUCGAUCAAGAUGCCUUGGACCGUUGUCGUGAAUACGUGGAUGCUCUGGUGGAGGAAGGGACUCUAUUGGAGAUCUGGGAUGAUUAUGGGAUCGUUGGCGACCUUGUACCGUUUACCAAUGAUUUCCCCCGCGCUGAUAUAAACCAACUCAUCGCUCCCGACCUUCUCCACCAGCUCAUCAAGGGAGCUUUCAAGGAUCAUCUUGUAGAUUGGGUGGAGAAGUAUUUGAUACUGACCCACGGAAAACGCGAGGGUCAACGAAUCAUGGACGACAUUGACCGAAGAAUCGCAGCUGUCGCACCCUUCUCAGGUUUGCGACGCUUUCCUGAAGGACGAGGGUUUAAACAGUGGACCGGCGAUGAUUCAAAAGCACUGAUGAAGGUCUAUUUGCCCGCAAUCGAGGGCCAUGUCCCAUUGGACAUUGUGCGUGCAUUCCGCGCUCUUUUAGAGUUCUGCUACCUCGUGCGCCGCAACAUCGUUACGCAAACGACCCUCACCGAAAUUCAAGAUGCACUUGCCCGAUUCCACCACUACCGUGAGGCAUUCCGAGACGCUGGCGUCGUUUCUACAUUUUCCUUGCCACGUCAACACUCACUCAAGCACUACGUCCAACUCAUCCGACUUUUUGGCGCCCCCAACGGAUUGUGCUCCUCGAUUAUGGAGACCAAACAUAUCAAGGCAGUAAAAGAACCUUGGAGACGCUCGAGUCGCUUCAAUGCACUCGGGCAAAUGCUUCGAACCAACCAGCGGCUAGAUAAGCUCGCUGCUUUGCGCGCUGACUUCACCAAGCGCAAUAUGUUGGACGGCACGUGUUUGUCUGCAAUUGUGGCAGCUCUUCGCACCGAUUCUCAAGCUGCCGACGGUGCACUUCCAGCAAACGGCUCAAAUAUCGACGAGGAAGGGGAUGACAACGGCGAAGUGGACGAUGGUCCUACCGUGCUACAAGCGCAUGUUGAGCUUGCGCGAACACCACAACGAAAACGUGCAAAAACUGUGGCUGCCCUCGCAGCAGAAUUAAACAUAGCGCAUCUGCCUCACCUCCUCCGACAGUUCCUCUUCGAACAGAUACAUCAAGACGACCCUCAAGAUCUCUCCGAAGUCCCCGAAUUCCACUUUCCCGGCUACGACGGCAGAAUAUCUGUCUUUAACUCGGCAUCCUCCAGAUUCUAUUCGCCGAGUGACCUCAGCGGUAUUGGUGGUAUGCGCACUGAAUACAUUCGCGCAUGUCCACAGUGGCGAAACGAAUAUGCGCGGAACGACUGCGUGUUUGUUAACACCAACCCAGACCUCGAGGGAAUGCGAGGAUUCAAUGUUGCUCGUGUUUUAUGUUUUUUUUCCUUUAAUUUUCAAGGAAUAACUUAUCCCUGCGCAGUUAUCCGGUGGUUUGACACCAUUGGCGACUCUCCUGACGAAGAUACCGGGAUGUGGGUGGUGCGGCCGGCCUACCAUGCCAAUCAUGCCCCGCAUAUGUCUAUCAUUCAUAUCGACUCGAUUUAUCGCGCAGCGCAUCUAAUUCCAAUUUACGGUGCACAGUUUGUUUCAUACGACCUCAGAUACUAUCAGUCUUAUGAUACUUUCCGAGCUUACUAUGUAAAUAAGUAUGCAGAUCACCAUGCCUUCGAGAUUGCUUUUUAA